AUGGAGGCCAACGAGCCUCAGCACACAGAGACUCGGGCGCUCAGUUCUGCCACCAACAGCAAGCGCCUGGUCGACUAUGUCGUAGUGUGCGGGCUCGAUCUCAACAGCGGACUGGAACCCGACGUCCAUCAAGGAGAUCAGCCGCACGUCACACCGCUUGAAAGAUGUUACAAAUCGCAGGCCCUAGUCCACUUCCCGGAAAGCGUCGAAGGGCACACCUUAGACCCCAGCGCUGUCAAUAUGCUGUGCCUUCCCUCCGGCCUGACAUUCUGUACUCAGAAAAAAAUGAAGACCAUGGAUUCAAACUCGUGGUUCCACACGUUCAUUGUGACCCGCGAGGACGGUUCACGGUCGUAUGGUCAUGCGCUGCUGUUCUACGAAGAGGUGGGCGACCGGGACAUGUGCACCGCACUGCAGACUCUGCAGCAGAUGUAUCUUGCCGAGCUCAAUGAGAGCCGAGCGCAGAAUUCCGGCAUUAUUUCGCGCAGUCUGCCGCGUUCUUUUCGAUUGCUCAGCCCGAAACUUGCCACCAAAAAGGUGCACAACGAGCCAACCGGAUCGCUCUACGAUCCCAACAAGGACACCCUGUACGUGACUAAAGCCAUCUGUCUUAUCUCGUCUGUACCCAUAGUGUCCGUGGCCAAGGUAAUUCUCCAAACACUGUAUCGGAUGAUCACAGCCAUCGAAUCUCCACCCUUGCCCUACGAAUGCUAUCUAUACAAUGUUCUUUAUGAGCUUCCUAUGCCCGACCGCGGCAAGAGCGUACAACUCUGUUAUCCGUACGACGAGAUUAUCUUCCAAAUGCCAGGGUCGAUGGAGCUUCCCCAUUUUGACUAUCCAUUCCGAGAGUUGAUCCUUCUUUUGGGUGUCGACAAUCUCUUGCAGCUAUUUACAAGCGUUCUCUUUGAGAACCAGGUUCUACUCUGUGCAUCAGAUUUCUAUAAAUUGAUGUUGGUGGCUGAAUGCGUGACAACUUUGCUCUUUCCGUUCCAAUGGCAACAUGUGUAUGUGCCGGUUCUGCCGGAUCAACUCUACGAUUUCCUCGACGCGCCGGUCCCGUAUAUCAUGGGUCUUUGUACGGCGGGUCACUCGACGGAAAUGCUCGCGAAUAUCGUGCCUGGGGAGGCCAACCUCUGUUUGGUCGAUCUCGAUAAUGGCUGCGUCAAAGUCCCCGAAGACCUGCCGGCUUUCCCUCACCGCCAAGAACUAGCUCGGGAACUAACCGAGACUUUCAUCAACGUAUUCAAACUGCCUCUACCAGACAAGAGAAAAAUUAGCGACCUCGAAACUAAUGGCGCUCUCUCGGUGUCCUCCACAGCAGUAGCACCUGUGGUCGUGGCUCCUAACGACGAGCCGCGGACGCCCGAUCGAGAUAAGAAAAGAAGAUCUUCAAAAAAGCAUUCAUUGCCGUUCCUGGACAUUAGCGUCGAUAUGGAGAAGCCCAACCUACGGGAGCGCGCAUCUUUUUCCGGCAUAUUACCUACUCCGCCGACGCUCUCACAACACAGUGAUGUCUUUCACAAGGUUCACGCGAAGGCUAAGAAGGCUGUGGACACGCAAGAUAAUUUGCGCAAAUCACGCAAAAAAUCUACUGGUAACACGGAAGAGCACCUUUUACUGAAAUCACCAGCGAUUUGCGGAACGCCUAUGAAUCCGGCUCUAGAAGAUCUUGCCAUCAACAACGCCAUCCGAGAGAUUUUUUUGAAUAGGUUCUUGUCUAUGUUCUGCAAUUACGAGCAAUUUGUGGUUCUCCCCGCAAACGAGAAGAAGAGCGAAACUUCAUCGAAUCUCGCCGACAUCGAGAACUGGCUCACCAACAGCCGAGAGACACCGCUGCAGAACUUUGAUAAGACGUCAUUUCUAUCCGAUCAACCGCAACAACACUUGGCGUUCCUCUCGAAAUUCAUCGAAACGCAAAUGUUCACCUCUUUCGUCGAUGCUAAGAUCCUCUACCAAGGUCAACUGGAUAACGCCAACGAAGAGCUCGAUUCGAAGAAUCCUCCUGGAAGCUCGAACGAGCGCAACGUUCUAAUCUUUGACGCAAGAAUCAUCGCAUUCAAAGAGCAGAAUGGCGGCGAAAUAGACCGCUAUUUUCGCUGUGGGAGCUUCAUGCAAUCUUUCAAACCGAUCGAGUUACGAAUGUCAUGUCCCGACACGAUACUAGGAGCCCCGAAACGGCCCCAGGAGGCCAUGGUUUACUCACAGCAUAAGCCGGGUGUGUUCCAACAUUGGACCCUGAACAGGGGUUACCUCAACGGAACCGGACCGACGGAAUACCGUCGGCGUCGCAGCAGCUCGGAACGGGGCGACCGCGAUAGCUUUGACGGUCACCUGACGGCUCACCAGCAGAGACGGCGAUCGUCGAAACAGAGAAUUAUCCAAGAAACCGCGUCCGCUGCAGUGAUCGCUCAGUCCAACUGGAAGUUCGUCGAGCAGUUGCUGGCCGAGUGCAAACAGAAGACAAAACGAAUGUGUGUCGAGAAAAUGGGCCACGCCGAAGCGAUAGAGAUGGGUCACAAGAGAGCCAGCGAUUCCUGCAAAACGUCCACGAUCGAGGAGAACACUCUCAUUGCUGGUCUCUGUGAUUUACUGGAACGUAUAUGGUCGCAUGGGCUUCAGACCAAGCAGGGGAAGUCGGCUCUGUGGGCGCACUUACAAAAUUUCCUCGAGAUAGAGGAUGGCAAGAAAUUGAGCACGGGAGGGAUGGAGUCGAAAUAUCUCAGCCCAGCCAUCGCGUGGUGUGCUCUACACAGCAAGAUGGAUUUUCAUCCUGCCGUGAAGAAAUCCGCUUUCGCUUCGGCACCUGUCACCCCGCUUGCUUACGGCAGUCAGCAUAAGGCAGCUCGUAAGGGCUCGGAUCUCAAUGGUUCGAAAUAUGUGAUAAAAAAUACGAGUACCCCACAAAAGAGCAUGGACUCGUUCGAGAAUCUUUUCUCGAGAACGAUCUGGGCUUUGGGCGAAAAAAUUUUCCCCGCCAUCGCACCACCGAGACGGCACUCCGCUACCCCAUCGCUGGGCGAUCCGUUGGCUCCGUUAGCAGCCGCUCUUUCGAAUGACAUUCGAUUCAUUCAAGCUAUGGAAGAAGUCAAGACCGACAUCGGUUUCGCGAGAGCUUGGGUUCGGCUCAGCCUGGAGAAGAAAUGUCUAUCGCGGCAUUUGAAGACGCUGCUAGCGAAUCAGGAACUUCUUAGGAACCUCUACAAGCGACAUGCAUUCCUUCGAUCGGAGGAUGAAAAAGAAUAUUUCCUGCACUAUCUCCUCACACUGAACGCCAUCGACUACUCAUGUUUCUCGAAUAGCUAUACAAAUACUGUGAUGCCGUAUCGUGUGACCAUCUUCCCCGGACGGAGGUCACUGGGCGGCUGCACGUCGGCUAGCGUUUGGGUUACUGUCAAUGGAACUCUGGCACACACCGAUAAACCCCUCACCCUACCGAAACCAAGCUUAGAGAUGGUUUUUAAGGCUCGUAACCUGGGCAUUCUAACAACGCUCCGUAUCGGCCACGAUGGUACGGGUAACACACCGAACAUCCUCGUCGAGCAUGUCCUCGUCAGAAACGAGGUCACUGGUCAGUGCUAUAGAUUCCCGUCGGGCCGAUGGCUGGGGAAAGGUGUCGACGACGGUUCGAGUGAGCGGCUCUUAUUCGCCGAGUUCAUCCCACUCGGCACUACGGACACAGAGCUCUGCGAGGUGUGCAAGGCACCGCCCAAGACGAGGAUGCCGGCGGUUCCUUGGAGAGUUGGCGAGCCGAGACCUUCGGGAGAGGAUGUGCAACAAUGGCUAGCGAACGCUAUAAACAAGAUGGUGAAACAUCAUAAUGGGCCCCAAUCGGAGAGGGUGAACUUGACUAUUUUGAUGUGCGGCGAGUAUGGACUUCUCUUCGCCCUCGAGCAAGUUUUCUACCAUGGCUAUCGGGUAUGUUCCGGGCGUUCGCGCUUCUUCGGACAACUCACUCUUUGGGAUUUCAUGCUCAAAGUCAAGGCUUUCUUCAAAACGUUCUUGGGAGAAAAUGAGGCGACCCUUGAACCGAAGAGAAGAGAUGAGCUCCUGAAUGUGAUGAGCGGAUUCAUUAAAUUGGUCGACAAAAUCGAGGGUGCCGCCUCGUAUACGAUCGGCAAGGAUCAACGUUUCCAGGCAUUCAUGUGCAUCACAAUCCGCGACCAUUUCCUCCACCGGAUGCUUGUGCAUGUUGCGUCAACUCCCGUAACGUCGCAACUCUACCAAGAGAACUCAUUCUUCAGAGAUUCUUCGCUUUUAUCGGUUCUCGUCCAAACAUUAGAAAGUCUCAACCAAAUAGAUUAUUCGUCCCUCGAAAAGUGUCUCACCCUCAAUAUUCUAUGA